UGCGGCGCUGCUGGUCGGUGUCCCGGGCCUGGGACGGAAGUUGCAGAAGUACAAUUAGUUUCAGUUUUGUUUCUCUUGCAGGAGCCCAGCCACCGCAGCGUCGGACCUCGGGACCCCCAGUCCGGGUCCUGGAGCCCAGGGUCAGCUCAGGCUGGGGCCUGACACACCGCAGCGGCCUUUCCUUUUUCACAUUUGCUCAAUGUCUGCGGGAAGGAGGGAGGCGUCUCUUUAGCUCAGGAGACCAGAAGAAAAUCCCCAGCCAUUCAGGAUGGUUUCCCAGGGCUCCUCACCCUCCCUGCUGGAGGCCCUGAGCAGCGACUUCCUGGCCUGUAAAAUCUGCCUGGAGCAGCUACGGGUGCCCAAAACGUUGCCCUGUCUGCACACCUACUGCCAAGAUUGCCUGGCCCAGCUGGCCGAGGGCGGCCACCUCCGAUGCCCCGAGUGCCGUGAGUCCGUACCCGUGCCUCCCGCGGGCGUGGCUGCCUUCAAGACCAACUUCUUUGUCAACGGGCUCCUGGAUUUGGUGAAGGCCCGGGCUGGUGGAGACCUGCGUGCAGGGAAGCCCGCCUGCGCACUGUGCCCCCUGAUGGGAGGCGCCAGCACUGGGGGACCGGCCACAGCCCGGUGCCUGGACUGCGCCGACGACUUGUGCCAGGCCUGUGCCGACGGGCACCGCUGCACCCGGCAGACCCACAGCCACCGAGUGGUGGACCUGGUGGGCUACAGGGCAGGGUGGUACGACGAGGAGGCCCGGGAGCGCCAGGCGGCCCAGUGUCCCCAGCACCCGGGGGAGGCCCUGCGCUUCCUGUGCCAGCCCUGCUCCCAGCUGCUAUGCCGUGAGUGCCGCCUGGACCCCCACCUGGACCACCCCUGCUUGCCCCUGGCCGAGGCAGUACGUGCCCGGAAGCCAGGCCUCGAGGAGCUGCUGGCCGGUGUGGACAACAACCUGGCUGAGCUGGAGGCCACACGGAUGGCCGAAAAAGAAGCUUUGGCCCGGCUACGGGAACAGGCCACCAGGGUAGGGAUGCAGGUGGAGGAGGCGGCCGAGAGGGUCCUCCGGGCCCUCCUGGCCCAGAAGCAGGAGGUGCUGGGGCAGCUACGGGGCCACGUGGAGGCUGCUGAGGAGGCUGCUCGGGAGAGGCUGGGGCAGCUGGAGGGCCGGGAGCAGGUGGCCAGGGAGGCGGUCGCCUUUGCCCGUAGGGUGCUCAGCCUAGGUCGAGAGGCCGAGAUACUCUCGCUGGAGGGGGCAAUUGCCCAGAGGCUCCGGCAGCUGCAGGAUUGUCCCUGGACGCCUGGGCCAGCCCCCUGCCUGCUGCCCCAGCUGGAGCUCCAUCCCGGGCUCCUGGACAAGAACUGCCACCUGCUGAGGCUCUCCUUUGAGGAGCAGCAGCCCCAGAAGGACAGUGGGAAAGAGGGAGCCGGAAGCCAGGGAGGUGAUGAGACCCAGCCUGAGGGCAGGGAUGGAGCCGAGACCCCAAAGCAGGACAGAGCGCAGACGCCCCAAGAAGAUGGGUUCCAGACUCCAAAGGUGGAGAGAACCGAGACUCCCCGAGAAGAUGGGGCCCAGACCCCGAAAGAGAGCAGAGCCCAGACACCCCAGGAAGACAGAGGCGCUCAGACCCCAAAGGGCGGCAGAUCCAACAAGAAGAGGAAAUUCAAAGGUGGGCUCAAGUCAGUUUCCCGGGAGCCCAGCCCAGCACCAGGGCCAAACCUGGAGGGCUCUGGCCUCCUCCCCAGGCCCAUCUUUUUCAGCAGCUUCCCCACGCGGAUGCCGGGAGACAAGCGGUCUCCCCGGAUCACCGGGCUCUGUCCCUUUGGCUCCCGGGAGAUCCUGGUGGCGGAUGAGCAGAACAGGGCCCUGAAGCGCUUCUCCCUUAACGGCGACUACAAGGGUUCGGUGCCCGUGCCCGAGGGCUGUUCCCCGUGCAGCGUGGCCGCCCUGCAGGGCGCCGUGGCCUUCUCCGCGGGCGCUCGGCUCUAUCUCAUCAGCCCCGAGGGGGAGGUGCAGUGGCGCCGGGCGCUGAGCCUCUCCCAGGCCAGCCAUGCCGUGGCGGCCAUGCCAAGCGGGGACCGGGUGGCCGUCAGCGUGUCAGGCCACGUGGAGGUGUACAACAUGGAAGGCAGCCUGGCCACCCGCUUCAUCCCUGGGGGCAAGGCCAGCCGCGGCCUGCGGGCGCUGGUCUUCCUGAGCACCAGCCCCCAGGGCAAUUUCGUGGGGUCAGAUUGGCAGCAGAAUAGCUUGGUGGUCUGUGACGGGCUGGGCCAGGUGAUUGGGGAGUACCGGGGGCCGGGGCUGCACGGCUGCCAGCCGGGCUCCGUGUCUGUGGAUAAGAAGGGCUACAUCUUUCUCACCCUUCGCGAGGUCAACAAGGUCGUGAUCCUCGAUCCCAAGGGGUCACUGCUCGGCGACUUCCUGACGGCCUACCACGGCCUGGAAAAGCCUCGGGUGACCACCAUGGUGGACGGCAGGUACCUGGUUGUGUCUCUCAGCAAUGGGACCAUCCAUGUCUUUCGGGUCCGCCCUCCUGACAGUUAAAGGGCUGGUACUGGGGCCAGCCUGGGGCGGGACAGGGGUGGGAGGAGGGAGGCAGGGCUGCCUCUGGGGUGUGGGGGCCAAGGGCAUUUUCCCAGAGGGCAAGCGCUGGCAACUUUUCACUAUGAAGUGCCAAACCCCUCUUGGGGUAUGGGCGCGCAGGGAUGGGGACCCAGGGGGGUGGCGUGACCACAGAACCCUCCUAAGGAGGGGGGAGGGGUUGGGGGGUGCCAGGCGUUAAUGCCCCUUGCUUUGGGGGGCUGACUGCCGCUGCUGUAGAGUCUAGAUCUCCAAGAUGUGUAAGCUAGUCCUGAUUUGUGUUCUUCAAAACCAUUCCUGGCGGGGUAGCCCAGGGACAGUCUUGGGGAGGUGGGUAGAAGCAGCCUUUGAGCCGAGAAUGGGCUCAGGGUAUGUCUGGUCUGUGCUUUCUGGAAGAGAGCUGAGAACCUGUUCCCCUCAGCCUGGAACGGGGUGGUCUGAAGAGGCCUGGGAUUUUGAAACAAUAAAUGGUGUCUUCCACCAGCCCUGGGCGGGGGCAGGACAGGGUGGACUUCUUGGGGGACCAAGUUCAGACACCACUGAGGCCAAGGGGUGUUUACCUCAAAGUCCAUGAAGAGAAUGAGCUACUAGAAAACGGAACCCAGCAGGGCUGGAGUCUGAAACACAGGAUUCUGAGUGUGAGAGAAGGGGAGACCCUGGGUCUUACCCAUCCCCCGACUUCCCCCACCUCUCAUUUCCAAGCCAACCCUGAGGCCAGACCUAUGUAGCAUGCAAACUCUCUUCUGUUUUGCUGUCUUUAUACCUCUUGGAGUUUGUUUGUAGUUCCCCCUUAGUUUUCCGGCACAAUUCCCUUUGAGAAACUGUGGCUGAACUAAGGGGUGAAGGCAUUUGUUCGUGUUGCCUUUAUGGGUGGGGAAGAUACCUAAGCCUAGAGGCCAGGUGUGGGACUCCAGGGCCAAACCUGUUGGAAGACCUGAGAAGUCGCUGGUGGGGCCGGGAUGGGCGGAGGUGUGAAAAUUUCCGGCAGGGAUCCAGACAGAACUGAGCCGUGACUACUGGCCUUUUGCAUGGGCCGUGGCAGCGGUGGAACUGCGGGGAAUAUGGUUAGCCAGGGGUGGUUGAGAGAUGAUCAAAUGAGCAUCUUAACGUAAGGAUCAUGGUCAGUGUUCAUGGGAACCAGAGAGAUUUAGGACGAGUCCAGAUGGAAAGGGUAGGGUAUUAGGUGCAGGGAAAAGAAUAUUCUUUUCCGGGGAGAUCAUUGAUUAUUUAAUGAAGUGAUAGGGAAAAUCAUCAGUGUUGAGGGGACAAAAUCAGUUCUGUAAAAAUGUGAAAAUGUAUGCCCAGCAAAGAAUAAGGAAGAAUCAAGGAAAAUCAAUAAGGUGAGGAAACUUCGUAGCAUUGAUCUGAGACCGGGUCUCCAGUAUAUGCUGCUGGGUUAAAGGGCCAAGUAAGUUGUGUAUCCAGAAUGCCCACAGGCCAGGACACGUACAAUGAAAAAAUAAAAUCAAUCACUUGCAUUUGUCAAAAUUACAUUUUUAAGAUGAUGUUGUGGGGAAAGAGAGUCUUGGUACCAUAAAACAGUGCUUCCUGGAGAACCGUUUGGCAGUACUUGACAAGAGUCAAAAAAAAAAAGAAAAAGAUUAUAAAAGACAGUUAUUUCCCUUUGGGGAAUAUAUUCUGGGAAAACAAAAGAAAAAAAAGUAUUUGCACAUAGGUAUUUGUGGCCGGCCUAUAUGUUAGAGUCAUUGACAGGAAACAACUCAGCUGCGGGAGAGAAAGCCAAGUAGCUUGUGGUCUAGCAGGACUGUGAGGCUUCGUGUAUGACAACGACGAGAGAGCUUUAGAAGACUAUGAUGUUACAGCGAUGCAAUCAUAAGCCCAAAAAGAGAGAGAAUUUGGAAUUAUGAUCACAUAGUGAUGACAACAAGGCAAAAAUAUGUCUGAAUAGUGACGGAGUGGAAAUAGGUUCAAAAUGUGUAAAUAGGGGUUGGGGAGAUUGGGUUGUGUUUUGCGUUAAUUUCAUGCUGUUUUUCACAUUUCUACUUCAGUUAUCAUUGUCCAUUAAAUAACACAUAUGCUUGCAUAUUUACUGCAGAAAAAUACACCUCUAUAACUGAUACUCAAGAAUAACUACUGAAUUUGCAGAUGAAUGCGUCAGAAUCAAUGAGUCUGUACUGGCGGGGGUGGGGGCAGGAUUCAAGAGGAGAGUCCCAACUGAUCGCAGGGCCUGUCUGCCCUGGGAAGGUUUACAGAGGUCAGGCAUCCCCUCAGGUCAUUGUGUCCAGAGGGAGGGGAAGGUCUUGAGUUCACCAGCAAAUUCAGACCAAGCGCAAACCAAGCGGCAGGUCUACGGAACCAGCUGGUAUGAGUUGCAUGAGUGGGGGCUGUGUCUGUCGUCUUCGUCGUUCUCUCUGCCCGGUCAACACAGUGAUAGCUCCCAGUAGGUGCUCAGUAAACGCCUGUGGAAUGAAAUGAUAGCUAGAAAACAGAAGGGACCAACCAGGUUGUCCAAAACCUUGGCUUGUGGGAAAUCUCCAGUAGGGGGCACUGUGGACACAGCCUACUGUAAGCCUCCAGGAGGGUGGCUCAGCUCCGAGUCGCUAAGAGAUGAAACUGCUCUUGUGUGUGGAGGGGGUCCUGGCCUCUACAGGAUAAAUACCUUCGGGCUGGAACAGCAGUUUUGUGGAGCUGCACGGGAGCCAUGUGCCGAGGGCUUGGGUGGUGGAGUGGCUCCAGCCAAGUGGCUCUUCUUGGAAGCCGAGCAGGAAGAGAAAACUUUGGAAGGGAAAUAUCCGCUUGCAUGCAAGAAGAGGGCCCUACAGAUACCCUCAAGAUGAAGGAGGCAUGGGGCUUUCCAGGGUGUCUUAAGAAUUCUGGGAAGUGGGGCAUUGGAAAUUCUGGAUUUUCCUCUUGAAGGAGUAAGGGUGGGGAGGCACAGAAUACUGGCAAAAUGUGAACCGGACGGGACGUGUAGCCUUGAGCAUAACUUGGAGGUAAAAUCUCCAGCACCUUAACUGUGACUUGGGACCCCUGAUGAGUCCCGCAGGGAGCACCACUCAGCAUGGGGGGAAAGAGUGCUUAGUUCAAUUACACAUGUUAAGAAAUCAGAAACAUCGUGAAAGAGACAGCACCCCUCUACCCCCCAUCCCACUUUGGACUAUGACAGUUAACUCGAUUGAUCAUUCCUUUUCCUGUUUAGGACUUUCCAAGGUGUGUGUCUAUAUGUGAAAGGAGAGUACUGUUUGGAUAGAGAGAAAGGGAGCAGAGCACCUCGUUCGUAGUCUUUGUACCUAAAAAAGGCAAGUAAAUGAAGCAUCGGAGACCUGGGUUGCAUGUUGGCUCUUCCAACUAAAUAGCUGUGUGAUCUGGGUCCAGCUUCCUAACCUCUCUGAGCCUCAGUUACUACAUCAGUAAAACAGGGAUAAUAAGAGCCACCAUGCCCAGCUCAGGGUUGUUGUAAGGACUGGGUGAGAGGCAUAAAGCUCUCUUUAUGUGCAUCCUAAAGCUUAAAUCUGAGGUCUUGGUUAGGAAAAAAGUUUAACCGACUUAUGCUAACAUCGUACUCUUCCAUCAGGGUAACUUAAACAGGGAUGUUCUCUGCACGUAUUGGGAGGGGAAAUUUCGAGAACCUCUGGGUGGUCAUUACCUGCUUCUCCUUUGGAGGAGACGGUUCUCUUCUGCUUUCCAGAGGUUAUUUGGAGAAGCCAUUUGCUAAGACACGGCAGGGACCAUGUAGGAGCAGAAGGGACCAAUGACCAACUUGCUAAGACUCAGUGCAACUCCUAAAAGCCAGCUGAGAAUCAAGCUGUGCUCAGGAAGGCUGGAUAACUGUAGACAUUUAGGAGUUCAAGAUGACAAGAGUGGCCCCAUCUUUUGGUAAUUCAGAGAAAAUAUAAUUGGAGAGGAAAUAACUCCAACUGUAGUCUUAUUAUUACUGCAUCUGCAAAGCCCUAUCGUAUGACGAAUCUAUAGAGAUCUUAUUCCAAAGGGCAGACAUCCAAGAGGGAAGUCAGAAGCCUUCCGAGGAAGUUGGUGACAUUGGUGACCUGAGCUGGGCAGGACUGAAUAAGUGAGUGUCAUGAGCAAGGUAUUUGGCCAUCUCACCACAGGUCAGCUGAGAAGGAGAGGUAUACCAUAAGUUAAGUGGGAGAUUGGAUGGGGGUGCAGAAUUCUGUUUGGGGGAGAAAGCCGUCUUGGAUUAGCUGGGGCAGGGAGCUCCCAGAGAGUACCAGAAAAUAUUCCCGGAGGGAGGAAGAUCAAGUUCAGAUGCAGGCUUAGAAAAAUAGGUAACUUGACCCAAGGUAGCAGAACUUGCCUACCCAACUGCUUCAUCAAUGCUGUAUCAUUAAAUGGAUCAGGACGGGAGCACAGAGUGAUUGGAGAAGGGGCCGCAGGGUCAGGCUGACCUCACCUGAAGCCUCGAUAAGGCGGCGUCAGGAUGAGGCAGAGAAGAGCCCGUAUGUAAAGAGGCAUUUAGGAAGUAGGUUUGAGGAGGUUUGGAAAGGCAAUCUGACUUGUCUUCGGAGGAGGUUUGAACUGGUUGGAUCAAGAGCCAAGAGAGAUGGGGUUGAAAAACGGAAUCAGGAUCUUGGUACCUGUGGUGUCAGCAAAUUUUUCUUAGUUGCCCCCAGGGCAGGAAUAUGUGUUGUAAACUCUUUCAUUCCUUUGUGUACUUUAUAUCUUUCUUCUGUUUCUUAAUAAAUUCUUUUGCAAAAUUUGAA